AUGGUGGAAUCUGUGUUUUUGCAGCGCUUGGAAGAAAAGCGGCAAAAGCAUAAUACAAGCACUGUCAGUGUCAGCAGAAGUGCUAGAAGCGCCAGAAGACGCACCGACACCUCCCCUAUUGCUACCAACAGCCAUGCUGCCACUGCUUCCAGCUCAGUCACGAGUCCAAACACGAGUACUUCUGGUAGACCCAAGAGCAGGAGAGCUACCGGUACCAGCAGCAUGAAUGCUUCUCUGAGAAGUGUGGGUUCUUCCAAAAUUGGUUCCAGCAAGAGACUGCAUUCUAGCAUGGGCAACAUGAACUUGAACAUGAAUAUGAACCUGGAUGUGGACUUGACCAAUAGCUUGGACAUGUCUGUGCACUCCCUAGAUAACUAUGGAGGUUCAGGAAGCUUGAGCAACAUCAACCAGAAUGACACGGGCAUGACACUCAAGGGAAUCAAAGAGUCGGUGCAACAGCAAAUACACCAAGACCAGGAAAUACAGAGACGCAAGCAAACCAUACAGGACAUGCCCAACCCAGGUUCAAGUACAAGCACGCAAGCUACUGCAAAGGUUGCACGUACCGGUAGAACCAGACCCACACGCACGUCGUCAUCAUCCACUGCUGCUGCUGCUGCAGCCACCAGAAGGCCUUCGUACAGAAGAGCUGCCACGGACCCUUCCGCUGCCCCGUCAACUCCCCGAAAGUCCAGACCAAAGCUAUCCGCAAGCGUACCCAAGAGCCCGGCCAGAUUCAAGCAGCAGCAAAAGAGACAAAGGGCCAGGCUGCAUUCCAGUCUCUCCAGACUAGGUUCCAGCGUUGUAACAACCGACUCGAGAGAUGACGGUUCGGUCGUUUCCACCGCCAGUUCCAGGCGGCGCAUUCCAAGACCCAGGCCCAACCAGUCGCAAUCAUCCACGCCCACCACCACCACACCCAACGCUGCCCAACGGCGGAGCAGCUUUCAAGUCGUUGCGGCCGCUUCUGCAUCACUCAGCAGCAGUAGUCAUAGCAACAAUAGCCAACCAAACAACGAAGCUACAGCACCAAAACAACGAAGAAAUACGGCACGCCAAAAAAAAUCGUCUGCAGCGGCAGUCACCGUCGGAAUGCCCAAAACAAUCACAAAAGCCAAACUCAAGGAACAAACUCACAAACCAUUGAGGCGAGCCAAUAGACGAAUGACCAUUGGGAGCCCUCCUACCAAAACCGACGUCAGCACCAACGCAAAUACCAACACAAAUACGUCCAAUCCGGAAACGGCAGACGGGAGUGCAAUGCAUGCAUCGUCCGCCACCAUUGAACUCACUACUAAUACUGCCCCUGCCACAAAUCCAGUUCCGUCCAUCAAGGCCAAAGCCAGUCUUUUAUUUGCUCAAGACAAUGAUUACGUCGCGCCUCGAACCAGAAGACGAAACAAACAAAACAAUGCGUACAGCAGUGAUGAUGACGACGAAGAGGAAACUUGGUAUCCCGGCUGGAAACCCAAGGCACCCAAACCCGUCGACAAGAAAUCCAAAUACAAGGCCAUGCUCGCCACGUCCAAACAACGCAGCAGCAACAACAAGGCAGAACAGGAAGAAAACAACAAAAAGACAAAAAAGAGCAAUAAAAAAGACAAACUCACGGCGCAAAUGAACUCGUCGUCGUUAGGGUUAGUCCAUGAUAGCUCCUCAUUCUUGUACAAUCCCAUGGCCACGGCACGGACUCGACUCGAUAAUCAAAAAAGACGAUCCAGUGAAUCGCCCUUUUUGUCCACACCUACGAAAUCCAGGGCGUUCGUGGACAUGAUAUCAAGCAACACUAAUGACGGGACAACUCCAGAAAUUGAUCUUUUGAUACCUUCCGAGUCUCCCAAGGCAGCAAACGACAACAGCAGCGAUGAGGAAGAUGUCUAUCUGGAGAGAGACAAGGACGGCGAGGGGGGCGCUGUAGAAGCGAACCACGCUAAUACGGAAAUGAACGGGGAGGGAUUGGCUGAGGUACAGAAAACAACUGGGGAAGGAGAAAAAAUUGUCGAGCAGGCAAACGCGGAGAAACUGGACGAUUCGGAGGUAAAAAAUACGCAAUCUGCGAUGACGGAAACGCCGGGAUCUGAUCAUGCCGAAGCGAGUUCGACGGAACAAGAGGUAUCGUCAGAGCAGGUCACCGCGGAACCGAAAUCAAACGGCGAGCUGCCGGCCAAUGCUGAUGUACCUGCGCAGACCGAAAAUGACAAUAUCCCGCCGGCGGAUGACUCUACAGGUAAAGAUGAUUGGGCGGUUGUACAUGAAGGUGAAUAUCACGAGAAUACCACAUCAUCUAAACCGGUCGAGGAAAAGACAGGUGCGAAAACACAUAUUGUGCAAACCUUGGACUCUCCAGCAGCGAGUGAACGAAGAGCCAGCAAUUGGCUGCUCCUCGAUGAUAUGAGCGACAUGGAGGACGAUGACAAGGACACUUCCGGGAAUGACGAUUUGGACAUCAGUAGCAACAGCCACCACAACCACGUCCAUUUGUACGGGAACCAAUACAAAUACGGCAUCAAUGGAGCAUUGGAGAACCCCUCCUACGCAAGGAAGCGUCUCUCGUCGUCCGCCCCCUCGGUGGAGGAGCUCACGCUAGAUCUCAAUGCAUCGUUUGCCACGGUGGAUACCAUACCAACAGCCAACAAGCCGGGGAGCAAUUCGGAUCGUCACGUUCAGGAUAGCAUUGAUAAGGCUGCAACGGAUGCGUUGGACGAUUCCAUGGAUUCGCUAUACACAGAUGACGACAACGACGGUGACAAUGGCAACGAAAGCGGUUCAGGUGACUUGGUUGUUCUUGAUCUCGACAGCCAACAGAGCUCUGAACGAGUCCAAGCUGAGAAGCAAGUCGUUAGUCUCAUGGACAAUAGCUCGGAGCCAGUGCUUCUCUUCAGUGUAAAGGAAGAGGAGAACGACACAACCGGAGAGGAAAAGGAAGAUUUUGAGGGGACCGCUGGCAAACAGGCUCCAACGUUGGAAUCUGUGGACGCCACUACUGCUUCUGGGCUAGACAUAGAGCUUAGCGUGGCGUUGACCGAGUGCCAGUCAUCAGCCGUAGUUAGGAAGGAAGGGGAGGGAUGGGAACAGCCAAUAUUGCACAAAACUGACGACAUCGUCAUGGGCUCUGGUGUCCUUGAGUCAAACGGGCCCGAUGGAGGGGAUGACGUAGACGAAGUGACGACACCAAGAACAUUGAAUGGUGAUGUCGAGGUUAAGGUCUUGGGCACGACAGUCGAAAGAGGCGAUGAAGAAAAGGCGGAAGCGCCAGUUGCCAUCUCUGUCAACAACAGCGAAUCCAUAUUGUCACAAUCCACGCUAGAUACGAAAGCGGGCCUCAAUGAAGACGAUAGCUCGACAAAAGAUGAUUCGGAAGAGGGGGAAAUGGCAAACACAACGGCUCAAUUGGACGGCCCGGACCCAACAUCCAUUUCAGAUAGAGCAGGUUCGGUUGGUCAGGGAGUGAACUCGGGGAUCGAAAAUGUGAACUCCGUGCAGAUGUCAGCAGUCCCAAUGUCAGUGGUGGAAACAGAUCUCGUAAACAAGAGCGAUCCCACCGAUGGCGAUGCAAGUCAAGACAAUGCUGUUGUGGCAACGAAGAGCAACCAAGAGAACUCAAUUUCCACAGAUGACCACGGCGAAACAGGGGCUUUGGCGGGUUCCUCCAGUGUUGAUGCAGCUUUAGUUGGUGUGCCUGACCAUUCCGUCCGUGAUCCCUGCAACUAUGUUCCUACCAGUGACGAAACUAGAUGGGUUGCUUUGAGCGACGAAGAUGUGAGAGCAGCGGAAAAGAAAGGCGCCGACAAACCAAGACAGGCUGAAGUAUCAACGGGGAACGAAAACUGCGAUCCCACCCCACUCGAGACGAAGAACGACCCUGAUUCAGCGGUCCUGAAUGAGGCACUUCCUCGUGCUCACGUCCAGGGCGCGCCAAUGGGUUUGGCUGAUGCCGGAAACGUUGAAGCUGCUGUUGAUGUUGGCAAUGAAAUUGCAGUUGAUGCAGACGCAGCCGUGGGCGAAGAAGGAGUGCAAACUCAGGAAGGACUGUCUGCUGGCUCCCUUGUCGCAAAAGCAGAAUGCAAGGAAAUCCAGCCAACAACAGCUACUGAUUACCGUCCAGAUUCCUUUGCGGAUGAAGGGGCACCUGUUGAUAAUGGCGACAGUGUGGAAGGGGAUCGUGUCAAUGAGCCAUUGGACGAGGCUGUCUCUGUGGAUGUUUCGGCUCAUUUAAAUGCAGAAACAAAGCAAGAUACCUUUGGCAUUACGGCUAAGACGGACACUUCGGCUCCUUUGCAUAGAGACACCGAGCAAGACACCAUUGCAGACGUGAUCAAAACGGACACUGCCAGAGGCACAGGCGAUCAACAGGGACAGGUCUCACCUUCGUCUGAUGGCGACACUCUGUCAGGUGAAUUAGCGGCAGCCGUAAUCGUCGAGGGCCGCGACUCGACAGAGGAAGUUGCCGUGCCCACGAACGAGAAACAAGAAACCACAAUUGCGCUUUCUGGAGCAGAGAAGAACUCCAUGGUUCCCAUUUCACCUGCAAGAGACACGGACACUGUCACUACCACUGAGGUGGAAGGCACGACAGCUAAUGCUUGCUUGGAGAGCGACGAAGCGACAAGGGAAACUUCAACCGGAGAGCAAGACGAAGAAAAGAUGCUGGAGGAAAAGGCCAAGAAGUGGGCCAAAGCCAGAAGAGCCAAGUUCGGCUCUUCGAUGUAUCCCAGUAUGGCUCGAGAUCGCAAAUCAAAGAAGGACGGCGCGAGCAAGUCUAGGAAGAAUAAGAAACCUGGACAAGCAGCAGCCAUAGAACCAACAAGCUUCCUUGGCGAAGUUGCAGCAUUAAUGAAUGCAAAGAACGACAAGGAACAGACGACACAAAGGACGAAGAAGUCUCGAAACAAUGGCGAAGGUGAAGCGGUGAGUGCAGAAAAGCAAAGCAAAGCCCGUAGGAGACGAACCACAAUGGCCGCUGCUGGGCAGACGGGUCCUGAAACCCAACGAUCGCCGGAAAAGAGCCGGAGGCGGUCGACCGUGCGCACAAAGGGUGCAUCCUCACAACGUCCGAUGAAUGAGAGAUCCACCAGAUCUUCUGAAGAACGUUCCAGGCAUGGGAGGUCCACUACCGACGGGCAUGGAAAAUCCGCAACAAGGCCAGCAGACGAGCGAACCAGUACUAGGUCGACCCACGAGCGUUCAUCUCAUGGCAGAUCAGGUGACAGAACCAGCGCAAAGCACGAGCGUUCGUCUCAUAGCAGAUCCGGCGCAAGAGCUUACGAGACGACCGCAGCGAGGUCUGCCGACGGUAACCAAUCAUCCCCUUCAAGAUCAAAAACACCAAGACGGCGACCGUCAGCAGCUGGUGUUGCGGAUGGUGACAGGACCGAAGAAAGACACCGUCGGAAGACGUCGCCUUCCAGAAGCGUCCGCACUCGGACCGCUGCGUCAACAGAUCGGAAGUCUGAUAGCUCAGAUAGAAGCGUCCGCACUCGGACGUCCACGUCAACAGAGCGGAAGCCUGAUAGCUCAGAUAGAAGCGUCCGCACUCGGACGGCCGCGUCAACAGAGCGGAAGCCUGAUAGCUCAGAUCGUGUGGACAGGAGUCAAGGCAAAGCAGAUGAUACCGUAGCUAGUGUGGUUGCAGCGCCUUGA